AGUCAGAGUGUGAGAGUCGUUCCUGCCCUCUGUCUCUACAUAGUGCUGCCUGUGAGUCUGUGUGCGCGCGAGAGAGUGUGUGUGUGCGAGUGCGAGUGCGCGUCUCUUUCGCUGCCUGGGCUGUGCUCUGCUCCCUCACUUGCGUGUGUGAGAGUGUGUGUGCGCACAUACACACACACACACACUUGGGCACACGCAGACAAGCACACACACACACACACACACACACUCACAGACCGAGGGAGGGAGUGUGUGUGUGUGAGAGAGAGAGCAAGAGAGCUAGAGAGAGAGAGCAAGAGCGAGAGAGGUAGAGAGAGAGAGAGAGCGAGAGAGAGAACACAUCGCAGCAGAGAUGCAGCAGGAGGGUUUCCGAGGUUUAGGGGUGGGGUCACGGUGUCCGAAAUGGACGGCUGGAACCUCCUCCACACAUGCACUGCAUCCUUGGAGCUGAAUGCACAUUGCCUGGAUGGUCCCACUCCAAUCUGUGAGAAGACACGGUUCUACAUCCAUCUAAGAAUCAUCACCACCACCCUCAGCAUCCACUUCCAGAAGUUGAGGCCUUCUCCACCUGUCUCUUCUCCUUUUCCGCAUGCCCGCCGAUCUUCCACUCCAGUGGUGGACACGGUUAUAGCAGUUACCUCAUUCUGCUCAGUGGUUCUGACGUUGCUGAACGGCAUUGUGACCUCCUGCUGUCUUAAGAAUCUGUUUGGGGAGAGCCGCAGUUUCAAAGUGUGCCUCAGAGGACUUGAGGAAAGGAGUCAAAUGAAACACAGGAAUAAACAGAUGAGAGGAGACAGAAUGGGAGAGGGGACAGAUGAAGUGGACGGUGCCAAAACUACACGGAUAUCGCUCAGUUUCCCCAUCAGCGCUGGACUGCCUAGUUUUUCUGCAAAAAAGCACUGUCCCCUUAUUCAUCCUCCUUCCUCUUCUGGGACAUACGACAGUGAUGGUUCUGAUGGCACUGCAUGGAAGGAAGAGUCUCUCAGAGACAAACACUUGUCCAAAGUAUCGAAAUCGGAAUGCCUGCCUUGCUCUUCCACUUCUACUCUUCCCAUUGAUUUGACUGCACCUGUCAAUAAGAACUGCAAACCCACUUUGUCGUUUUCUGUGGCUGGUAGCGGUUCCCACUUUCCAACAUCUGCUUUACACACAUCUGCUAAAAUGGACUACUCGAAAGAGACAUCUGGACCUGGUCUGUCUAAUGACUACCCAGAGCACUCAACAACAGAGACAGCACAUAUCUUAUUCAACCUGAGUGCGAGAGCCUUCCAGGGUCAGCUGACCAAAGACAUGGAAAGUUCAAAAGGAAAGAAGCGGAAGGGGAACAGCCUGCAUGUUGAACUGAGCCUGCCUCUUCCUAGCAUUAACCAGCCAUCUUCCUCAUCAAGCCCUCCUCCUCUUUCUCCAUCGUCUGUCUCCCCCUUGACCCUCCCUCCUUCCACUUUUCAUGACUCUUACAGGGCAGUGCCAAAGCCAGAGCUGCUGUGUGGGGUGUGCCACCGUCUGUUCAGCACUGCCUCGUCCCUCACCGUCCACAUGCGUCUCCAUCGGGGGGGACGGGUUCUCAGCUGCCGCCACUGUGGCAAAGCCUUCAUCCAUAAUAAAAGACUCCAGUCCCACGAGGCCACCUGUCGGCAAGCACUGCCAGCUAUCCCCAUCCAACCAAAACAGGAACCUUUAGAGGAGGGGGAGGUGGAAAAAAUAGACGAGGCUGCAGAGCCGGAAGAGCACGGGCAAGAGAUGGGACCUGGCCGACAUAUUAAGAAGGGGCGAGGCCUCCACAGACAUCAUGCUGGGGAGCUGCCUGAAAGUGAUGAACUGAGAGAUGAGGAUCACUUUGUGAAGGUUGUUGAUGGACAUAUCAUUUACUUCUGCUCAGUGUGUGAGCGCUCCUACAUGACCCUGUCCAGCCUCAAACGGCACUCUAACGUGCACUCGUGGCGUAGGAAGUACCCCUGCCAUUAUUGUGACAAGGUUUUUGCUCUUGCAGAAUACCGCACCAAACAUGAGGUGUGGCACACUGGUGAAAGGCGAUACCAGUGUAUAUUUUGCUGGGAGGCCUUCCCUACCUACUACAACCUCAAAACACACCAGAAGGCCUUUCACGGAAUUAGCCCUGGCCUUAUCUCAAGCGAGAAGACGGCCAAUGGGGGCUAUAAGCAGAAAGUUAAUGCCCUUAAACUCUACCGGCUCCUGCCAAUGCGCUCUCAGAAACGGCCAUAUAAAACAUACAGCCAUGCACUGGCUGAGGGACUACUCAAGCCUGACUCAUCAGUUGACCUGCCUUUGCCUCUAGAUUGCAGCCUCCCUCCAGGCCUGGACACAAGUAAGUUGGAGUCCUUCCUUAAGGAUCUUCAUUCUCAAGAUAUUAAGCCUGACCCUGAAAGUAUUCUCAUCAAGAUGGGCACAGAGCAGAGCAAAAAGCUACCUACAUCCCACACAGACACACCUCCAGAAGUCAGUGAGCAAGAAAGUACCAAUGAGCUUCUGUCUGGCAAUACCAGUGGCAAAGCCAAGGGCUCAGAGGCAGCUGUUUCUUCCGUCAUUACAUUUGGACACAGCAAACCCUCAGUCAUCAUGCAUAGCACGGCACUUCCAUCCUCUGUUAUUGUUCAAAGAAAUAAGAUUUCCUCUUGCGAUGGAAAGAGCUCCUCUGAGAGCAAUCAGGCAACAGCUAUGACUUCAAAGAAGCAAAUUAAAAAGCAUAGUCAGAAAGAACACACGCAUGUUCAUAGUAAGUGGGAUACAGAUACCUCAAAUUCAGACCUCAAAGUCUCAAAAAUCCAGCCACCAACAGAGACACUGCACAAGGGACGGAAAGCUCACAGCAAGAGCGAGUUUAACAAGGCAGUGCCCAUAUCAGUGGAUUCCGAAGUCAAAGGGAGUGGGCCUCUGUGCCAGAUCACUGUGCGUAUAGGGGAGGAGGCUAUUGUUAAAAGAAGUAUCUCUGAGACGGACCUCAGAAGAGACAAAAGUCCUUCCCUGAAAACCAAAAAGAGCAAUGAAGACCAGAAAGAGCAAAGGCACACCCAUCACCACCACCGCAAACACCACGGGCACCGUCGAUCAAGCCAGGAAGGAAAGGAGGGGGAGCCCAAAUGGAAAAACCCUAGACUACCAGGGAAGGUGAGGAAGUACUUCUUCCGACAGGAAGUCAGGGAGGACAGGAACGACCAGGAUGGAGAAGACAACCUGUGGAGACCAUACUAUUCUUAUAAGCCCAAGAGAAAGACCCUGCAUGUGCAAAAGGCCAAGAGAUGGCAACGCAAAAUGCACUACAAGCGAUCCCUGAGGUUGAUGAGGAGAGCUGAGAGGCUUAUGAAUCAUGUAAACAAAGAGGUCGAUGGAGGACAAGAAGAAGAAGAAGAAAAAGAAGAAGCAAAGGAAGAGGAGGAGGAGAAAGAAAGCGCUCAACAUAAUGAGAUCAAAGAAGACACACAAUUACUUUCCACACCCUCUACACCUGAACAGAAGGGGGAAGAGAAGGAGGAUCCAGUAAAGUUUGAUCCCCCAACCACUGCAGCUUUACCACAGUCUACGCUGAAUACUCAAUACACCAGUUCCUCCAACAUCAAACAACGAUGGUCAGGGGACCAGGCCUCUGAAUGUGGGUCUUGCGGACGCUGGUUUUCCAGCUCUAGGAAGCGAGACAAACAUGAACUAACACAUCUGUUUGAGUUUGUGUGCAUGCUCUGCAGAGCUCCUUUUCCCUCUCAGACAAAGUUAGAGGAGCACCAGAGAACCAAUCACCCAAAAACCAAACCUCCGUCUACCUCUACUCCAUGUAAUCCACAGUCGUCAAGCAAAGAAAACGCAUCGGAAUUAGGGGAAGCCAACGAAGUACUGAACCGACGGUUCUUGGAAAAGGGUAGUCCAGGUCGCUUGGGAAGAAGGCCUUUGACAAGAUACACCUGCUCACAGUGUGAUAAAGUAUGUAAGACAGCUGCUGCACUGAACUGCCACUUGAAGCGGCAUGAGUUAGGUGGUUCUACAGAGAGUAUGCAGCAAGUGCAAGAUGCACAAAAUAUAAAUUCUGCGACUCCUGAGAUUCCAGAGAUUCGCAAAAAUCUGGACAUUGUCUGUGAGCAUGCACGGCCUAUCCCUGUCAUUACCUAUCCCAAAGCAGAUUCUGAGUACACUGAUAAUAAUCAAGUGGCUGAAAGUAAUCAACAGGUAGAGCAUCAGCACGCAGGUGCUAGUGAAAUAGAAACUUUUGACAAAAUCCACAGUCCACAGAUGUGUACUACAACAUCAGCAGUCAGUCCUAUUCAGGAAAGGUCAAAGGUCAUCUCCCCUUGUCUCACCAGUGUGUUGGUAAUGAAUGGAUCAGAAUGCCUGGACUUCCGAACUCCAGAGAAACGAAGUCUGGACACACAUGACCAGAGAAGAAGCCACACACCAACUGAAAAAGUAUGUCAAAUGCAAACAGCACCAAGAGGCAGAGCAGAGGCAGAUCCAACCUUAUCCAUGGCAUUACAGUCAGUCAGGUGUAGCGUUUUGGAACAACAAGCAGAAACAGACACGCACAGACAUGAAGAUAUUCACUCCAGUGAUCAUUUAAAUAAUUCACAAGAAGCUCAAGACCUUAGGGUCUUUACUUUAUCCAGAACUGCCUGCAGCAGCCAAGCAGAGGACUUAUCCAUGCAGACUAUACUGGCAAGGGAGAGGGUGCUUGUCCAGCAAACUGCACACCAAUACAUCGCCAACAAGAGGCGAUCCACAGAUGAAGAGGUGAUGCUCAUCGUGCCCAAAGAGGAGCCGCUGAGUCCCGUGCCCUCUCCCACAUGCUCUGUCAUUCAAACCACUCAAAAAGGACCCUCUCAGAAGCACUUACAGUCCCCUUGUCACUCUCCAAGUCCCUUAAACCUGCAGUUGCGGCCACAUUUAGAGCCAAACCAAUCGCACCAAGGCAUGCAGCAUGCUGAGAAACAAAGACCUGCACUACUUCCAACAAGUUCAGGACGAGGUAGCGAGCCCCCCUCUUCUCGUGCCAUGCUGCACCCCCAAGUACCCCAUUCAGAGCAAGAGACAAAGGACAGCAACUUUUCAACAGCGAGACAUCCCCAUGGGGAACCCGACUAUCCUGUUCAGGAGUACGCACUUCCCUUGAUCUUGCCGGGUGGAUACUGCACUGGUAAGAAACAGGAGGAGCAGAUCCUGAUGUCUUAUCCUCCUGGACCCUUGUCCUUUGGGGCACUGGGGAAGAUGGUUUCCCAUGCUGACUCAAGCAAACUACCUUUUUACCCAGAUCCCUAUCACCUACUCUACGGCCCACAGCUUCUACCUUACCCGUACGGUCUCGCAGCUCUGCCUAUGGCCCUCAACAUGAUGGCAUCAGGGGAUAAAGUAGAGCCCCUGCCCUUCUUGCCUACUCUUUUCAAUUAUGCUGCAGCAGGUGCACCUUUCGCAGGAACAGUGCCCCACCCUUUAGUGGUGAACCCUAACCUAUACAAUAAUAGCAGCGGCAGUAGCACAAAGCGAGACAGUGGCAACCCCUGAGUGGACGGUGGCAUCAGCAGUGAAGGAAAAUACUGUACACCUUAAAAAAGAGGACCAGGCCUUUGAUGGAAGAUAUGGAAUAUGGAUUUUACUGCUAUAUAUUGCUCUGUUUGGUAACUGAACUACUUGCACAGACCUUUCCUCUCUUUCAUAAAGUAGCAAAAACAUAGGUAUAUGUAGGACUCAACUGUAGUGAAGUGCUGGAGAGGUGCCUUAGAGGUAUGGCUGAUGGGUAACCUCUGAUACACCACUCCUCUCCUUCUUUAGGAGAGUUAGACCUUGGUUAUCCGUCCGUUCUAUCAGAUUUAUCGUCAUAAUAGGUAUAAUCAAGAAAUAAUACAGCUAACAGGGUGUGGUGUUUGUAGAAAAAAAAUACAAAAAAAUCUAAGUAAGUCUGCUUCCCACUAGUGACAAUAACAAAAAAAAUAUUAAUACUGAUAUAAUGAAACAGCUGAUAGUAAUAAAUAUAUGGGGGCUUUCGAGUUUUUCAUUUCAAGUAGAAAGGUAGAUCUAUCUUAAAAGCUCAACACACUUAAAUGAACUCAACUCAGUGAAGGAAAACAAUAGCGUACAAGUAGUUUCAUGAGUGUGUGUGUAUGUGUGACUGAGUGCGUGUCUAUGUACAUGUGUGUGUGUGUUUCAGAUUCAUUCAGAUUCAUUCAUGCAUGUAGAGGUUUGGGGUAGACAUCCUCUAUCUCUAUCUAAUUGUUGUAACGGUUCCGUGUUUUUCAGUACAGAGGCUUUUACGUGAGUUUCAGCAGAACUCACACGUGAACAUGUGAACAUGUGUGCUCGUAUGGGUGGAGGUGGUGGGACUGGUUGGUGUGUGCAUGUGUAGAUGCUAUAUCAGCCUUGGUAUAGCGGUUCCAUGGGGAUUUCAACUAUAUGAGCAUCAUUCCUGGACAAGCUGUUGCAACUUUUGUAGAUCAGCGAGAGUUAGGUGAAACAUUAGGGGAAGUUCUUCCUUCGUCAGUCAUAACUUAGCAAAUAAGUUGAUAGCUUAAACGCAUCACGUCGUUUUUUUGGAUGGAGCUUGUUAAUACGUGAUCUUUUAUUAACUAGGAUUAUGGUGGUGACUUAAAAUCAGUGGUAAUUGAGGACUGACUCAUUCUGCAAUGUUGUGUACAAUGAAUAUGUUUCAUAGUUUGGUUCGGUUUGUAGUAGAAGUCGGUGGACUAAUUGUUUAGGGGAUCAAAUAAGGAACUGAAAACGAAAAUGUGUUGAAAUGUCUGUGUACUUCCACCACUUGUCGGUUAUCUUAUUGUUUCUUCCAGUACAGAAAAUAAUAAUGAAACUUAAUGUUUAGUGGCCUUCUCCUCCCCAGUGCCCCCUGGUGUCCACCAAAGACACUCCAUUGACUUGACUGAAAUAUAAGAGAGAGAGAAAAAGAGAGAGAGGUAGAGAGUGUGGUAUAUAACGGAUGAAAGAUUGUGUGCGAGAGAGAGAGAGAGAGAGAGAGAGACAGAGAAUAAGAGUAAAAAUGAUUGAGAGAAUGAUUGGGAAGAAUGGACGAGGAGAAACUCACAUAUGAUGAGUCCGAUAUAGCCAGUAGAGCUUCCAAAUAAAGUAGAGCUUUUCUGUAUUUCAGAGAAACCGAUGCUCUAAAAGAGCACAGUGUAGCACAGCAGCGAAUGAUGAUCUUAAAAGCCCGUCCAUCCGUUACGGGCAAGCAAAUGCUAGUUCUGUUUGCUGGCCAACUCUUUCUCUCUCUCUCUCUCUCUCUUUCUCUCUCAGUCCAUGUCUCCUCCGCAGUGCACGGAACAGCAAGAGAUGACGUCAGCCACUCCUGACGCCCGCACAGGGUCUGAGCUGUAACGCUUAGGACAAAAAAGGUGUUCUGAACACUUCUUAGGAAUUUCCUGUUUUUGUAUCUUUUUAAACAAUAUUAUUUGUUUAUUUUACAAAAAAAUCCCUUUUGAUAGAGAGAAAAGGAUAGUGCUGGAAGAUGUCCUUUCAAGCACACAUGAACAUGAAUGUAAUAUUAGUCAUGAGGUUAACAAAAGAACAGUAUGGUAGACAAACUCUGUUUUCUUUUCAGUUUGACUCCAGAAAUAGCAUAAUACGUAAUAACGAACCGCUUUGAGGUAUUCACAUAUAUACAGUAGUCUUAGAAACAUGUCUAGGAACUUGGAUUCAAUAUAAUCAUAAUGCAUGACAAAACACUCGCUUCUUCAGUAACGGUAUCGUUCCUCUGGUAUCAUCAUAACGAUCUUCGCUUUCUUUCAUAUUUCAUGUACUCUAUGUGGUUCCUUUCCGUUUUUUGUUUUUCUCCGCUGGUGCGCUUGAAAUACUGUCUGCUUGAGACUUUUGAGACUUUUUGUGCAGCUGUUCUGUUCGGUCGUUUUAAACACGAAACCAAAAAGAGGAGCACCUAUAUGCUUCACUUCUUUUUCUCAAUCAUGGCAAAAGCUGUGCGAUUUCGUUAGUCCCGUACCGACCAUUCUGACUGCUCCAUGCCUUUUUCCUUCCUCUUCUCAUUUCCAAACUUUUCAUCCUCUCCGUUUGAAGUGAGCGCGUGUGAAACUGUGCAAUGAAGCCGCAGCACUGUUAGUUUCCAGAUUUCCAGAAGGAGGUAAAACAAUGCUAAGAUUUGUUGCUUUACUUGGGAGUAGGUACAAGCCUUUCAUGUAGUGUGUAUGAAAGAAAGAGAGAGAGUGUGUGUGUGUGUGUGUGUGUGUGUGUGUGUGCAGCGUGGUUGUGAGGAAAAGGAAAACCAAAACAAGUACCGUAUCCCUUGUGGCUUGCCAACAAACCAAUGCUUGGUUUUGGGCCCCUAUCAGCCUAACAGCCUUUUUCUUUUUAUUGUCCUUUUGAACAUUUUUAACACUUUAUUUUAAGGAAGACAAGUUAGCUUGGUUUCUUAUGGUCUUAAGGUUCACUUCAGUAAAGCCUGAACUCAACUCAUGGGGCCUGUACAUUCUAGAGGGGACAAAACUGGCUAAAACUGAAAACAUUAAUGGGUGGAAUAGGGUUUAGGAAUGGAAAUAUGAGUUUUCUCAUACAAUCAAAUUCAGUUUAUACCAUUGUAAGACAUUAAUAGGGCAGCACAUCACAUUCAAUCCACUACUGGUGGGUGUAGCACUUCUUCAUUAGAGAAGCAUUAUGUUUUUUUAACCUGUAGGAGAACAUAAACCCUUUACAGCACUGCAUUUACUGGAAAUAUAAUAUACCGCAAGAAGGGGCAGUUGGUUAAUAUACAUAAUACAAAUUAUUAAGCAAAAAUAACCUUAAAAGACCUUAAUAAACCCCUAAGUUGUUUUCCUUCAAAUUAAGUGUUACACACAUUUUCUUCAUUAGUAAAACAAAUAUAUCUUAAGCAAAUUAGGUUACCUGUCUGUACCUGUGGCUGACUAGAACAAAAUAUGGAUGUUACAUGAUGUUCAAUGUCAAUCAACUUUUUUAAAAGUCCACCAAAGUCAUAUUCAUAUUUAAUUUCUAAAAAGAAACACACAAACCAUGCAUCAUAUUUUGAGUUAAAGUGAAUUAAUUUACAGUAUACACUAUACAAAUCUCUUUAUUAAGCUGGUUAAUAUGAAAUUGAGAAUGAGAAAUGCUCUUCAAUUAGCAGGCAUUAAUUUAUGGUAUACAGCUAAGAAACAAAAGAAACCAUACACACAAUACAUACAAUCUUCACACAAGAGUUCAUGAUUCAGCACCUUACCAAAACUGUGAUCAUCCUACCAAAUUCGUACAAAAAAAUUUUGUUUUUAACUUUUAACUUUUUAUUUUAAAGACAUAAAGGCUAUGUUCACAUUAUAAGCCUCUUUAGUUAAAUCUAUUAAUCCAUUUUGUCUUAAAAGUGAUUAAUUAAAGUCAUUAAAGUGACCUGUAUCUCUCUGUAUUGUGAACAAAUCUGUCCCUAAAACGACAUAUAUGCACUAGAGCUGGGCGAUAUUAUUGGGGAAAAAAAUCUCAUAUCUCAAUAUGAUCUAGAGAAAACCUAUUAAUUUUACUAUGUUUUGUAACACUUCAAUAUGAAAUAUCAAUCUGCACUAGAUUACAUUGUUUAAAUAUUGUUGGUAAAAUAUUUCUACCCAUGGACUCCCACAUAGAUGAUUACAAUAGGCAUAUCUUGUAUGAAAUCUGAAUUUGAAUUUAGAAAAUAUUAUUUUUUACAAUAUAUUGCCCAGCCCUAACAUGCACACAAACAAAUUAUAAAUGAAAAGAUCAGUCAUUGAUUGAAAUAUAACUGAGAGUUCUCCUAACGCUCAACAUGGCAUCUGUUUACAGCUAAAGUCCCUCCUUUCUAAUAAAACUGGCCAAUCAGCUUGCAUACAACGUUAUAAGCACAUGCACACAGGCAAAACGUAUCUGAAAUCUGAUUUGACCGUUUGCAAUAAUGCCUUAUUCCAUAUCCAAAUCAGAAAGGUAUCCAAUCUAGGACCCCAUAUUAAAGGCUAUGUUCAGACUGCCAGCCCAAAAGAUUGUAGCCAAAGAGCAUAUAAAGUCAGAUUUUUUGCUAAUCUUAUAAAAAUUACAUUUGGAAAUGCUUUAAAAUAUAAUUACAAUUAAAUUUCUACAGAUGUGUAUCAGUCUGAUUGCUCAAAUCAGAUUUUAACGUAUUUUGCGUAACUCCAGAGUGAGGGAAGUGCGGAGGUCCAAAAAGAACUAUACCACAGCAACCCAUCCAGAUAUAAUUGUGAUGUCAAGAGAAGCAAAUCCAAUCUGAUCAAUUGCAAAUAACAGUGCGGACAGUCGUCUCAACAGAUCUGAUACGAGAAACAAAUUUGAUUUACCUGCAGUCUUAUAGACUUAAAUCUGAUUAUAAAAGAUCCACAUAGAUCUGACAUAUCCACAAAUCUGUUACAUUAAGGCUUAAGUCUUAACCCAAAAUCUGAUUUGAGUCACUCCAAUCUUGUAAUGUGAAUGUAGCCAAUGUCAGCGUUUGCUUAAUAGGUGUUUUUCAAAUGGUUCUUCGCGCGAUGUCAUAGAAUAUAACCUGUUUAUAGUGUUUGCAAUAGGCCUGUCACAAUAACUUUUUUGGAUGAUAUAUUGUGCUAGAAGUAAUUGCAAUAAACAAUAUUACUGAAAUGUUUUUUGCCGCUUAUUCAAUAAUAAUAACAGUUUUAAAGAGCAAAUGGAAAACUUGCUAAUUUAGAUGAACAGGCUCUUCUACCUAAGAAAUACAGUAUAAGUUAAAAGUUUGGACACUUUAAAGGGGCACUAAACCUGAUCUGAUUUUUCAGCUCAAAUUUGAAACUAAAAAGCUAAACAAUGAGAGGGGAUAGUUUGGGAGAGGCACUGGGUGAUGUAUGGGUUUAAAGGUGGGGUAGGAGGGAGAGCUGAUUGAUUGGCUGAGCUGCAGCAAUGUGUCUCUGAUAGCAAUGAGACGCAGAUGGUUGGAUGUCAGCAGGGGUCAGUAUUAUUGAUUGACUGAUCUCCAUACUUUGAGAGGGCGCUGCAGAGGCAGAAAUGAAUGCAAUAAAAGCAUUUUUAUUUUAAAAGGUUAGGAAAGGUUUAUAAAAAAUUAAGCAGGUCUGGUUUGUUUCAUUACUUCAAAGGAACACAUUUCAGGUAUUAUUUUAAAUUCCCUGCAUUGUAUAUUAAUACUUAAGUCACCCAAAAUAAGAAGAAACAUAUGGAAUCAUUUAGCCAUCAAAAAGUGUUAAACAAAAUAGGAUAUGUUUUAUAUUUUAGAUUCUUCAAAGUAGCACCUCUUGCUUAAAUUUAGCUUUAUGAGCUAGAGUCACCUGGAAUUCAGGUUUUCAGUUAACAGCUGUGCUGAACUCAUCAAGAGUUAAUUACUUGAGUUUCUUGUCUCUUAAUAAAGUGUUUGAGAGCAUCAGUUAAAGUAAAGUAGUGAAGAGGUAGAGUUACAGGUAUACAGUGAAUAGUGAAUAUUUGAGUAAUGUUCUAAUCCAGAUUAUGAGAAGUAAGAACUACUCAACUAAAUAAAGAAAAAAAUACUUUAAGAAAUGAAGAUCAGUCAAUCAGCGAUAUUUCAAGAACUUUAUGUUAUGAUGAAACUGGCACUCAUCAGAGGACUGUCCAAGGAAAGGAAGAGCAGGAGUUUCCCUCUGUUGUACAGGAUAAGUUCAUUAGAGUUACCAGCCUCCCCAGAUAAGUAUUUUGGUUUGUUUAACACUUUUAAGUUACUACAUGAUUCCUUAUGUGUUCCUUCAUAGUCUGGAUCACUUUACUAUUAAUGUACAAUGUACAGAAAAAAAAAAUAUAAAAACUCUGAAUUUCAAACUUUUGACUGGUACUGUACAUAUAUUGUAUGAUAAGUCGAAAAUUAAAUUAUUGUGACAGGCCUGUUUUUUUCAUGAAAAGGCUCUCAAAACAUGGUUCUUAAUAAAACCAAAAGUGUAUUUUCUAUGGCAUCACCUUAAUAACCAUUGACCAAUUUCCAAAUUAAACAAAUUAAAACAAAUUAGAUUUUUGAUUACUGUUUAAAACUACUCCAGAAAAGUGUUAGUAGUAAAGCACCAAGGUAAAGGGUCAAUCAGCACAGAUUUGUAACGUAAGUAAAUGAAAAAGUAACAAAAAAAAGGUGGAUGCGCCCACAUAUCAAGGUUCACACUUGUGACAUAUUGUUUGUUUUAAAACGUUCUUGAACAGUAAAUAAUAGCAACACACACACACAUUCCACCACGAAACGACCAGCAGCAACACCCGGUAGAGAGACACAGUACAUUUCAGUCAGAGUAGCUAAAACUCAGCAGCUACGUGUGUUCUGCAGUUGGUCAUAGUAGGCAUGUGACUGAUUUGUCUGGUUUUGUGAAAAUGUGAAAAAGUUACAACUGUGCCAUUGUUUUAGAGGUACACAUAUUUGACUAUAUUUGCUUAAAACUUUGAGAACCUUAGUUGUUUCUUGUUGACUUUGUAAUCAUUCGAGACAAAGUUCUGUUAACACGAUUGCCAAAUCAAGCCUGCAAAAUCUACACUCUGUCCAUUUUUCUUUAUUCCUUUGCUCUCGUUCUCCUGUCUCUCCCUCUGUCCAUGCUACAACCAUACAAAUAAAGUAUUAACCUGAUGACCUACAAAA